AUGUAUGUCCCGCUGCGCUCCUUGAUUGAAUUGGCUCCUGUAAAACGCCUGUUUGUCAAGAUGAAGAAUCAAGAGUUCAGGGUGCAGCCUCGGCGCUGUGGUUUCACCAUGAGAGCUUUUGUGGCCACAGGAACCAAUCUGUCUCUCCAGUUUUUUCCGGCCAGCUGGCAGGGGGAGCAGCGACAGACACCAACCCGGGAAUAUGUCGACUUUGAAAGAGAAGGAGGCAAGGUGUACUUGAAGGCACCUAUGAUUCUCAACGGUGUCUGUGUAAUCUGGAAAGGCUGGAUAGAUCUACAGAGACUGGAUGGUAUGGGCUGCCUGGAAUUUGAUGAGGAGAGAGCACAGCAGGAGGAUGCAUUGGCACAACAAGCCUUUGAAGAAGCUCGGCGAAGAACUCGUGAAUUCGAGGAUAGAGACAGGUCUCAUCGGGAGGAAAUGGAGGUGAGGGUUUCACAGCUGCUGUCAGUAACUGGCAAGAAGACAACAAGACCCUAGUCCUGGAUCUAACCUAGGAAGUGGCGACGAUCUCAAACUACGUUAAUCAACAGCAGCAGGCGUACCAUGGGUCUGCACACGUGCAUUGCUUCUACUUGGCAAAGGAUUUAAUAAAAGACCAGAAACUGUGAUAACUGGGUAUACUAUGGUCUGUUUCCUGACCUGCGGCAGUCAAAAUCACCAUGAACUGCCAUGGUUUGCACUAUGUUUAUGUUACAAUACCUGCAUUUCUCAUUUUAAGCAUGUAGCCAGUGGCAAUUUGAAAUUUUGUUUUUUCUAUGCAAACUUAUUUUUGUUGGCACUAUUUUAGUGAAAUGGAAACUUAUGCAGCUAUAAAACCAUUUUUUUUCUCAACUGUAAUAAAAAUUGUCACUUAAAAAUAGGUCAAGAUAUUGCAGAUUUAAAACUUCUUUUUUUGUUGUUUUUAUUAUUUUUUUUGUAAACUGCUGGAAGCCAAUGCAUUCCGAGCUUAAUUUUUUUAAUAUGGGCUUUUGGAAUUUUGAUUGUCCUUACUGUGCUCCUGCUUUAUUUUAGACACGCAUUCUUAUCUUUCCUUCAGUUUUCUUUUUUUUUUCUUCUAAAUUUGCAAGACCUUCUUAAAACUGCUGACAUUAUUUUGCGUUAUUUCCAAGCUAAACCCAGUGAAUCAGAGCUGUUGGAAUCAGUUCUCAAACUUUGUGGGUUUGCGAACAUUACAGUUGCAGUAUUCUUUUAACUGCUAGCAAUUCAUUGGUUCCACUUUUUAAAUGAUAAAAUCUUACCAAAAAAAAAUAUAUUUUCAUGCAUUAAUGCGUUCUGCCCCAGUAUCUGUCUUAGAUUUUAUUCUGUACCAAGUGAGUUGGGGUGGUUGUUACACCCCUGUAUAUAGUACUUCACUGAAACUCGUAGGAAGUCGCAGGCUGGCUUCUGUUUUAUUCAGGGAUUUUUUUAAAUAGUUCUUAAAAAGGGAUACUGCAACUCUACAGCCAGAUUCAACAGCAUGUUAAACUGGGAACAAAAGUGAUGGGCUGCCAAGGUGAUACGUAUUCAAUCAUGUUUAAGAUAGCUGCUUUAAGUAUAUUUUAUCUCUUAGGCUUUUUGUAAAGUUGUGCUGAAUGGCGAAAAGCUGAGAUGAGGUUGUGCGCAGAAGAUCUCGUACUGUGCAUAGGACACUUCUAUUAAAUCUUACGCAAAUCAAGACUACGUUGCAGCAUAUAUUGCGUUUUCUAACAGGGUAAGAUUGGGGAUGAGUUAAUCUGUGAAUUAUCUCGUUCGAUCUGGGGUGAUGGUGAAUGGACUUGUUCCAGAUUUUUCAUUGCAUCCAAUAUUUGAAGAAAAUUGAUUGGGAAUGUGAUGUCAUUUGGCUUUGUUAAAAUGUGGUGCUUCCUGUACAGCCUGAUUAAUUAAAAUGGCACUUAAAUACCUUUUUCUUUUUUUUUAAAGUAGGUGAUCCAAUUUCAGUAUUUUAUGAAUCAUUUUGAAGGUAGAAACUCUGUGUGCUGAGAACAGUUAAAUCGCUCUUAAGUUCUGUAAUUAGGAUAAUUACAUUCCUUAUUAAUGGCAAAACAAUUGAUGCAAAAGAGGUCUUGCAAAAAUGUAAGCAGAUGUCAAUGUGAAGGAGAAUCUUUGUAUGUUGAUAAUAUGAGUAUUUAACAGUCACUUAAAAAUGUUGAUAACUGUAAACUGUGAGAAUGUCAUCAAAUAGAAAUAUUUUGAUACUUCAAUUUAAAUAUGGCUCACCUGAAAGAGAACCUUUUUCACUCUGCAGCCACGUAUUCCUCUUGCUCUUCUUCCCCCAAAGAAAUCAUUUUUUCUAAAGUGUUUCUGCAGUGAGUUAUUUAAAGGACACACGCACGCCUCCACACGCAUCCCUAGCCUUGGGUCUUCUCCGCCACCUGUGUAUUUUUGAUGGAAUAGUCUGAAGAUUUAUUUUAAAAGGUUUUCCUGACGUUUCAGACGGUGGUUUUAAACCAUAAGUACACAGGAAAUGAUGCUAUCAGAUAUUAAUGUUGCUAUCUUUGUGUAAAUACUGAACUUUACCUAUCAUCAUUUAGCAUUCUGCUGCUUUUGAUAUCUUAAUGCUGGCAUUAAGAUCACAAGCCCUUCCCCUCUGCUGGUUAGCGCAGACUUU